AAGCGGCACCUCCUAAGUCAGGGGUUUAAAGAGAGGGAAUUACCAGGUGGAUCUGUGUUGAGUAGAGCUGCUGAAUUGAUUUGGUCCUAGAGAGGGUCCCAGCUGAACAUCUAAUCGAAAGAGGCCAACAAAGCCAAGAAGGCUCAAGCACCUCCCUCCCAAUCCCUUUCCGCCAGGAAAUCACCUUUCAACACGAUUAGUGUUGCACCUAGUUCUCUGCAGCUGCUCACUGAGAACCGUCAAAAUUUCCAUCCUUGAGGAUCUUGAGUUUGCGGAGGAAGAAAGCAUGGGUGCGGGAGCAAGCGCCGAGGACAAAAAAUCCAAGGAGUUGGAAAAACAACUUCAAGAAGAUGCUGAUAAGGACUCUAAAACAGUCAAGCUAUUGCUGCUUGGUGCUGGUGAGUCAGGAAAAAGCACCAUUGUAAAACAAAUGAAGAUUCUCCAUCAAGGCGGUUACACAAAAGAGGAACAAAUGGAGUUUAGAUCGAUCAUUUAUGGCAACAUCCUGCAGUCUGCUCUGGCUAUCAUCAGAGGCAUGGAAAUGCUCGGCAUUGAUUUCGGCGCGUCUUCGGCACAGGAGGAUGCACAGAAGCUGCAGAACUUAUCAGACUCCAUUGAAGAAGGCACGAUGCCUGCUGAGCUGGCUGAUGUCAUCCAGAAGCUGUGGAAAGACUCUGGUGUGCAGGCUGGCUUCGAGAGAGCUGCUGAGUACCAGCUGAACGACUCUGCUGGCUACUACCUCAAUGAAAUGGACCGAAUCUGCAAGCCAGACUACAUGCCUACCGAGCAGGAUGUGCUGCGAUCUCGAGUCAAAACAACUGGUAUCAUUGAAGAACAGUUCUCCUGCAAAGAGUUGCACUUCAGGAUGUUUGAUGUGGGUGGCCAGAGGUCAGAGAGAAAGAAGUGGAUCCAUUGUUUCGAGGGUGUGACCUGCAUCAUCUUUUGCGGAGCUCUCAGCGCAUACGACAUGGUGCUGGUAGAGGAUGACGAAGUGAACCGCAUGCACGAGUCCCUCCAUCUAUUCAACAGUAUCUGCAACCACAGAUUCUUUGCACUGACCUCCAUCGUGCUUUUUCUCAACAAGAAGGAUCUCUUUGAAGAGAAGAUCAAGAAAGUCCAUCUGAGUAUCUGCUUCCCAGACUAUGAUGGUCCCAACACGUACGAUGAUGCCAGCAACUACAUCAAGACGCAGUUCUUGGAUCUGAACAUGAAGAAGGGUGUGAAAGAAAUCUACUCCCACUUGACCUGUGCCACAGACACAAAGAACGUCGAGAUUGUGUUCAACGCUGUGACGGACAUCAUCAUCAAAGAAAACCUUAAAGACUGCGGUCUUUUCUAAGCAGCUCCAGAAUGAAAAGAGGUCCGCAGCAGCCACAUCAGAUCACUGCUGGGGACUUUGUUGGCACAGAGUAAUAGUGUCCAGAUGAGA